CCUCCCCCCCCCCAUCCACAAUUCGCACGGGAACACCCAGUCAGCAAUCAUGGAUUUCCUAUCGAAGCACUCAAGCUGCCUGUCCAAUUGGCAGAUGAACCUCCAGCCUGGAUGGCAGACUCUGGGCGCGUCCGUCCUUCUCGCCGCUGGUGGUCUGUUCCUCGUCUCUAAGGCCUUCGUUUUCGUGCGGGUUAUCCUGAGCUUGUUUGUGCUCCCUGGAAAGCCUCUCCGCUCCUUUGGCCCCAAGGGCAGCUGGGCUGUGGUUACAGGUGCCUCCGAUGGACUCGGCAAGGAAUUCGCCAUUCAGCUUGCCCGCGCCAACUUCAACAUUCUUCUCGUUUCCCGGACCGCCUCCAAGCUAGACACACUUCGCGAUGAGCUCAAGGCCAAGUUUCCCUCUGUGCAGACCAAGACCCUGGCGAUGGACUUUGCCCGCAACCAGGACAGCGACUACGAGAAACUGAAGGCGUUGGUGGACGAGCUUGAUGUGGCUGUGCUGGUCAACAACGUCGGAAAGAGCCACAGCAUCCCCACCCCGUUCGCUUUGACCCCGGAGGAUGAAUUGACCGAUAUUGUGACCAUCAACUGUCUGGGUACCUUGCGGGCCACCCAGCUGGUCGUCCCGGGUAUGAUUCAGCGCAAGCGCGGAUUGAUUAUGACUAUGGGCUCCUUCGGCGGACUUCUCCCGACCCCUCUUCUGGCCACCUACUCGGGUAGCAAGGCCUUCCUGCAGCAGUGGUCCACCUCCCUGGGCUCGGAGCUUGAGCCCCAUGGAAUUACGGUCGAGCUCGUCCAGGCCUACCUGAUUACCUCUGCCAUGUCGAAGAUCCGCCGGGCUAGCGCUACGAUCCCCAACCCUCGCAACUUCGUGAAGGCGGUGCUGUCCAAGAUUGGCCGCAAUGGCGGCUCUCCGUCGUACGCGUACAGCUCUUCCCCCUACUGGAGCCACGGGCUGAUGGCUUGGUUCCUGACCUCCGUGACCGGAACCAUGGGCAAGUUUGUCGUGGGCCAGAACAAGGGGAUGCACGAGGCGAUCCGUAAGCGGGCCUUGCGCAAGGCCGAGCGCGAGAAGGGCAAGAAGAGCACUUAAGGGGUAAGGUCGUGCAUGAUUGAUGACUAACUCGCGUGUCUUGUGUCAUUGUGUGAUGAUCAACCUGGGGAAGACGGGGAGACGGGGAGACGGGGAGACAGAGCCGGUGGAGUGAACCAUCCGCUGAAUCCGCUGGGGGUGCUGGGGGUGCUGAACGGUGAACGGUGAACCGAGCUCUCGGUGACUCGGUGAGGUGCAUGAAACGGGUGAGCUAGAUCUGGAUAGCGGAUGCCUCGGACGGGAGCCACACCUUAUCCUGAGGC